GUUACCACUGCAGGUCGUGCAGGUCGGCCAGAACGCUACCACGCUGCACCUCGGAAGCUUGGAAAUCUUGGGGAGAACUUUCGCAGACCACUUUGGGAGCUGCUAGAUGACGAAAUGUCGCAAACCUCAUGAUUCAGUAAACCUACGAACCUUUCAGGCUCGACCUUCCAUCCAAGGUGCCAAGCAAGCUUUCUGCAGUCCGCCGGCAUCUGACUGAAGAUAGUCCAGGUGGGCAUGUCCUGAUCAUUCUGAUAGUCGCUUUGUUCAGGCCUACGAGAGACUGCAACCAGAACAGGGCGCAACAUGGCGCACUGCCAUUCAUCGAAUCAAAAGAAUGGCGUCCUCGCAGAGGAGCCGGACGAGUCGCACAGGCCACGCCAAACAUGUGAAGUCGAGAAGCCACGGAAAGACCAUCGGCGCAUGGGCGCCCUGUCCAGUGGACCCUUCCAUCUUCCGCGGAACGCUAGUCCAGGUCCGGCUUUGCGCGAGAGCUCGUGUCCGACCAUCGCGAGGAAACGUCGCUGCUUUAAGUAUUGCGAAUGCCCAACGCUUAGUCAUAAAAGUAUGUCAGAUCCAUCUCGAAAGCACGUUGCCCUGCUUCCAAAGUUCCGAGGCUUGAGAGGUCGUCGUGAGACUUUGGAAUGGCUCCUGAUGAGCACUUGGCGAAAAGUCGAGCAUCAAAGAAGUCAUCCAAUCAGAGGAAGCUACGGGUCCUGCUGCUAAGAUCCAAACCACACUUUUUUAUCGGGUGAAAUCUUAACGCUUGUCUUGGAGCUUCAAUUUCAACCCCAGACUCAAACCCCGCGUGGCGCAUCACACACCUCAAGUCAUUGAGCCGC